UUCUUUUCCCACCAGGUGGCGACGCAAAUCAGCACAACGUCGACGAGUUUCUUAGCCCAACUUGAAAGUCGAGCAUUUCGGGGGGUCUGCGUGGAAAUAUGGGCUGUAUUUAUUCACCGUUCUUAACCACACUAAGGAUGAGAAUCCAAGCGUAACAGAAGCAAAUCAAGUCAGCUGGUGACCACGUCGUCAAAAAGAAACCCGCAUUGAACAGAAAGCACGGCUCGCAUUCCCGCGGCUCGGGGUCCGACUCCAGCCUCCGCCCCAAAGUCUGUUAGGAUCUGCCACAGCUCGCUCGCCGCCGACUCCACCGAGGACGAGCGCCCGUGGGAAAUAAAUGGACUGACUUUGAGUUCCCGCGAAGCUGGCGUUACUUCCGCCUUUGCCUUUUCCUCGGACCCCAACAAUCGCGGGAUGAUGCUGCAACUAUGUAACUUCCUUGUAUCAGGCUACCGACGCUUACCUGGUGAACGACGAUUCCGUCAGAGGCCCAGGGGUGCCCGAAUGUUUCCUCGUGUCCGAUACAUACAGGGAUGAAUUCCACCCCUUCAUCGAGGCCCUGCUGCCCCACGUCCGCGCCUUCGCCUACACCUGGUUCAACCUGCAGGCCCGCAAGCGCAAGUACUUCAAGAAGCACGAGAAGCGCAUGUCCAAGGAGGAAGAGCGCGCCGUGAAGGACGAGCUGCUGGGCGAGAAGCCCGAGAUCAAGCAGAAGUGGGCCUCGCGCCUGCUGGCCAAGCUCCGCAAGGACAUCCGGCCCGAGUUCCGCGAGGACUUUGUGCUCACCAUCACGGGCAAGAAGCCGCCGUGCUGCGUGCUGUCCAACCCCGACCAGAAGGGCAAGAUCCGUCGCAUCGACUGCCUGCGCCAGGCCGACAAGGUGUGGCGGCUGGACCUGGUCAUGGUCAUCCUCUUCAAAGGCAGCCCGCUGGAGAGCACGGACGGCGAGCGCCUGGUCAAGUCCCCGCAGUGCUCCAACCCGGGCCUGUGCGUCCAGCCGCACCACAUCGGCGUGUCCGUCAAGGAGCUGGACCUCUACCUGGCCUACUUCGUCCACACGCCAGAAUCUGGACAAUCAGAUAGCUCCAGCCAACAGGGGGACACGGACAUUAAACCACCGCCCAAUGGACACCUGAGUUUCCAAGACUGCUUCGUCACCUCAGGGGUUUGGAACGUGGCUGAGCUCGUCAGAGUGUCACAGACGCCUGUUGCCACGGCGUCUGGUCCGAACUUCUCAUUGGCCGACCUGGACAGCAGUCCCAGCUACUACAACAUCAACCAGGUGGCGGUGGGGCGACGCUCCCUCACCUCCCCUCCCUCCACCAGCUCCACCAAGAGGAAGUCGUUAGACGACAGCGAGAUGGAGAGCCCGACAGAUGAUGUUUUCUAUCCCGGACGCUCGCCCGCCGCCAGCUCGUCCCAAUCCAGCGCGUGGCCCAAUGACAUGGACGCAGUGCAGCACCAUUUGGCCAGUGUGCAGGAGAGGAAGAUAAAACAUGAAAACGAAGGCGUGCAGUUUCCUUACCAUGGACUGUCCUCGCCUGGUUCACUUAAGAAGCCGGGGAAGUUUGAUUUCAACGCCCUGUCUUCCCAGAGGUCCCCCCGCAUGGCGUUCACACACCACCCGCUGCCCGUGCUGGCAGGAGUGAGACCAGGGAGCCCCCGUGCCUCAGCCUCAGCCCUGCACUUCCCCUCCUCCUCAAUCAUCCAGCAGUCCAGCCCUUAUUUCACCCACCCCACCAUACGCUACCACCACCACCAGGACCCGCUCAAGGAGUUCGUGCAGUUCGUGUGCACCGAAGGCACGGGACAGCCCGGCGCCCAGCCGAACGGAGGCGGCCAGAGCAAAAUGCCGGGCUCCUUCCUGCUGCCCCCGCCACCCCCGGUGGCACGCCCCGUGCCCCUCCCCAUGCCCGACUCUAAAACCAUCAGCACGCCCACCGACGGCGGACUCAGCUCACCCGCAUCUCCGUCAUACUCCACGCCAGGCUCCGCAGCUCCCAACCGGUUUGUCGGCAUCGGAACACGGGACAACUUUCUGAAUAUCCCCCAGCAGACUCAGUCCUGGUUCCUCUGACAAGGUCUCGACGAAUCAAGAGCUAAAAUGGUGUCAUGAAAAUUGAAAAAAAAAAAGAGAGCAGACUGCUGACACUAAAAAAAAAAAAAGGUUUCUUUAUGGCCCACAUUGUACAAAGUACGAGUACAGAUCCCCCCACAUGGCUCCACCCUACGUGCCCCCUCCCCCCCCCUUCCCCAUCCAACACAAUUUGAACUGGAACGUUCUUCUCCCACCUCCCCACCUCGGAAAUGCAGGAGGCCUCACUGACGGAGUGGACAGACUCGGAAUGCCAGGCGGAAGACGAGGAACUGUCACACGCUCAUCGGGGAAAUGUUGGACAGGAAACACAAAUAUGGCAACCUGGCAAUUGACCAAUUUUUACAUUUGUGUUUUUUUAAUUUUUUUUUAUUUUCAAUCACUUUUAUUUUUUUUUCACCAUUUUAUCAUCUCCACCACCAAACUCCACGCAUUGGCUCGGGAGGUUAAAAAAAAAAAACAAAAACAAACAAAACGGCAGUCGCUGAUGGCGCCUUCUCUUGUCGUGAUCUGAAAGAUCCUGGGGGCUUCCGCCUUGAAGACCACCAGCACCGCUCGGGUUGAAGACCCCAAAACGCAGCCACAUCCCUGCCCCCCCCCCCCCCUCACCCUCCCUCUCGCACCUCAUUCGCUCAGCCCUGAAGACCCAUUGAUUUGUGAUUGGCCAAUCCCGGUGACGCCAUCAGAUGGUGUGACGUAUAUGCACUAAGUGGCUGGUCUCAUUUAUGAUUAUUUUUUUUAAUUUUAUGUACCUGUCCACGUACCAGGGCACCUUUUUUUUUUAUUAUUAUUGCAGGGAGGAGAAGAUGCGUUAGCCCGAUGAAAGCGUUAGAAAACACUAAAGGCCGCGUGUGCUCUUUCAUCCCCUCACCUAUGCACUAUUAAUUCUCAUUUGGGAUGAACAGAAUUGCACACGGAUGGCCACGAGGGCGACGAGGGAGGCCGGCCGAGCGCCGCCUGACAGAGAUGUGGCUGUGCGUUGAGGUCUCAUUUUACCCCUCAAGUGCACCACACACAAAAUUUCAGCCAUUUUCCCAAAAAUAGUCUCACAUAGCCACACAUCUCCCCCCAAAUUAGGGAUGGGCAACAAAUAGUUUACCGUAAUUCCCGGCCUACAUAGCCCACCUGAUUAUAAGACUUGGUACACAGAAAGAGUUUAACGCUAGCGUUAGCGCGUGGCUACCAUUAGCACGGUGCUAACGUUAGCGCUGGGCUAGCGUGAAACUCUUUCUGUGUACCAAGGCUUAUAACCAGAUGCGCUAACGCUAGCGCCGCAUCACCGCAUAAACUGCAAUGUUGAAAGCGUGUGAAAAAAGUCGCGGCUUGUAGGCCGGAAAUUACGGUAAUCACGUCUCGCAGACGGUAAGGCAAAACGGAAUGAAGAGCUUGGCUAGCAACCGCAGAUCAUCGCGGUAGACACGUUCCAUGCGAUGUAGAAACACUAUUUACAGUAAAAAGCUUUUUUUUUUUUUCCAAACGAGCUCGAAAUACUUUUGAACUUAUAUCACCCUCUAACUUGUUAAAACACACUUUUUCAAGUGUUCCUUAGCUGCUGUUCUCGCCGGCGCACUUCUCCGAAUGCGACGCAAAAGCGUGUGUGCGUCGCUCCCGCUUCAAGUUCGCUGUCAAAGUGUCACGUAUAACAAAAGAGACGUAAACGUGUGAAUGUUCAACCAAACCAAAUCAUUUAUGGCAUAAUGCUAACAUAUAAUGCUAAAACUACUAUGCUACUAUGACACAGAGGCGCCAACGUGUACUUUCAAAAUCCAGCGGGAGCGAAAACGACGAACAGCAAUAGAGCACUAAAGUUUGUUUUAAAAAGUGCAACAUAGGAAGCUUAGGUAUUGUAUAUCCAUGCCUGGCACAAAAAAAUGAACAAAUCUGGGAAAAGCAAUCAAAUGCCCAUCCCUCUUCACGAUUUAUUUUACAGCGAGACGCGCACACAUACACACACAGCGUGAGCUUCAUAUUAUUAGCGUUCAUUUUAGCUUGUAGGGGUUCUUUUUCUUUGGAUCUCCUCUUUUAUUGGCAGAUUUUUCUUCUUUUUUUUUCUUUUUUUUUUUUUUUGGUUUUGUUCCACUUGGAUUGUUUUGCAUGUCAUAACACUUUUCCGCCGUAGUUCCUAUCAUAGCACGCUUUGGACCGGGCCCGGAUUUCGGUGAGCGGAUGUCAACUAAACGGUGAAAACUUCUCGAAAUCUCUCGUACACGCACGGACAGCACGGUAACACCAGCUCAUCACACACAACCCCCCCCCUGCGUUGCUUCACCCUGUAGUCCAGUCAAAGGAAUUACACGCACACACGAUAAAGGGAAGCCUUUAUAUUUGGUUCUCCAAAAACGCCUUCGUCAAGUCUUUUUCACUCAUUGAGGAUUUGUCUAAAUUGACUUUUGUUACACGUAAAAGUUCAGAUUAAGAAUUUGCAUUUUGACACGAUCCGACAUCAAAAAAUAACUGGACUGCCUCACCGUUGGUUCCGUUCUGCAGGAUCGGAGGAGACUGAGACGCAGCUGUCGGCCUCCCUAGUAACAGUAGCACUAUGUGCUAAAACCUGUACGAAAACUAUUAACCGUAAAGACGAAAGUGCCUCUGCAUUCCCUUCAUGCAAUUAAUACUCAACUUCAGGUUCUUUUGAGCUCGCGCUCACUGCUAAAAACUUCGACCUCCGCCGAGAUUUCCCAGUUGCGCAUUGAAGUAAAUUCAUGAAAAAGAACAAAACGGACAAAAAAAAUAAGAGUACAACGAAUCUGGAUCAGGAAAUUGCGCCUGUGAGACCUCUUUAUCCUGACAGUCUUAAUCAAUGAUGGGUUGUUUUCACGUGACGUCACCCGUUGUGCUGCCUCGAACGGCGGCCAUUUUCGAUCCCCGAGCUCCGUGACUCAUACAUCCGCAAUUUAGACGAAAUUAUGUUUCUAACUGCAUUUAUUGAAGAUGAGACCGACUACGAGGCUACCUGGCAUACACGCAUCAUGGGACUCGGUUUUGUGUCACAAAGGCGCACUAUUGUGCCCUUGAUCUUUUACUCUAUGUGACACAAAUCACGACGCAGGAGCACUUAGCUGUAUGCUAACACGGAAAACGAUAUUUUUUUAACAUUGAGGCAAACUCCAUUUAUUCCUUUUUUUUUUCCCAAAAAGUAAGACCUCCAUAUUAGUUCACCACAAGCAAAGCAAAAUAUUUAUUAUUUGUUUAAAAUUUGAUGACAAUGCCAGAAAGACACAAGAAUAAACAAAUCCAGUAUUUCACAAAAUUCUCGAAUCGUUCAAGUGACUAACAAAAAAACGAUCUUAACUGUAAUGUUGGCCUUCGGAAAAGAAUAUCGAUUAAGCGUGUUAGCUUAGCUCGGCGACACGAUCAGCGCGAUAGCAGCGUCGGGCAAUCGUCCACAAAGCAGAGUCUCCGUGAAGCACAGAGCCGCAUAUCAUCCAAAGUCUUUCGUCGGAAGCGUUAGACCACGUCCCCGUUUACGGAGUAGUACUUGUGUACCGGAUCGCAAGGUUUUGAAGAGCGCGGCGACUAGCCACUCUGGAAAAAGCUUCAGCGAAUUGGCGAGAGUAUUCGGAAAAAAAGUCAGAAGAAAACUCUUUGAUUUUUAGCAAAUCCUCUCUCCCAUACUUGAGUCCCGAGACGCCCGUGAAACACAAAAACACAAACAGUAAUGGGGAGAGCAUUCCGGAGACUUCCACACUGCUAGGCGUUAGCUAGAGAGGCUAAAUGGCGGCGCGCGGUGGUGUGUGGCUAAUUCAGCAAAAAACGUGACGUCGGUGAAAACAACCCAUACAAAAAAACAACAACAAAAAAUGGAUGGAUCGGGAAACGCUGCCUGGGAAAAUCAUUAACGCGACUGCAAACGUGAUUUUGUAAAGACAGAGAGUGACAGAUCUUAUACAUAUCGUGUAUAUUUAUGGUAUAUGCUCUUUUUUGUUUGUUUUUUUUUUUACAUUAUGCUAUGCGAGCCGGUGGGCAGUCUAGUUAUUUUCUGAAGCCUCCCUCCCCCCAGGAAGCCCUCUGGGUGACACCGCCGCAAUCGACCCCAAAAAAAAACCCCCAAACGGCACCACACACACGUGCAGCAGCGCAGCGUUUGAAUACCUUCGAUGAACGUGUCAACACAUUUUUUGACUGUAGGAAGAAGAAGAAAAAAAAAGUGUUUUUUUUUUUUUUUUUUUGAUGGAAAGUAUUAUUAUUGAGAACUAUGUGUCGAUUGAGCCACGUGCAAUGCAUUGGGUAGAUCAUUGUGUUUGUCUGUUAGAGAUUUUUAAGAAAGCUAUGAGAAAAGAGAAAAAAAAUGUAUUUGUCUCAAGUCCAUAAGCUCCAGGACUCUAAACUUAGAGGGCCAUGAGUUAAAAAAAAAAAAAAAAACAAGCAAAAAAAUACUAGUCUUUGUAAGUUGGGGGUAUUGUUUUUAUUUCCUUUGUCUUUUAUUUUUUAAUGUUUCUGUGUAAUCAUUUGUUUAUAUAAAAAAAUGUGAGAGGGCUGAAGGAAAACAAAUCUACACAAUUUCUUUAUUAUCAAGUAAAAAAAAAAAACGGUGCUCCUUAAACAAUUCCAUUCAUAAAGAUUAGAAAAGAAUGGUAAUGAACAAAAUAUAGCAUUGCUCUUCUCUCUUUCGCUCUCCCCCCCCCCCCCUUCACUAUAUAUAUAUUCUUCUAUUGAGUGUGUGGAGGGAGGAGUGGGGGGGGGUGUUCCUGACCCUUAAAUGAUAAUUGACUGUCGGGAAAGCCAGGCAACCUUUUUACCCGAGCGCUGCCUCAAACUCACCAGCAGAAAAAAAAAAAAACCCAAAAUAUUGGCCUAAAUAUGUUUUUCAGAAAAAAAAAAUAAAUAUAAAAAAAACCAAAAGACGUCCUCCCGUGAUGGCUUUUUUUCCUGCGACGGCUAAAAGUAUUACGCGCCCGAACGGGCGCAGCGAUCCGUUUUCUCCACGGGCGGCAAUGCCAGCCUCUCUCCCCGAUGCCCCCCGCCCGCCCCCAAUCCCCCCUGCCGCCCCCCCCUGCCUCCACUUGCCUCUGUAAAUGACUCUUGUAGUGCUUGUGCUGUAGUGUAUAGUUUCCCAGCAGUUAAAGGUUGUCCCUUAAAAGUGCCUUUUGUUCACAGACUCCAUUUUGUAAUCCAAUAUUUUUUUUUGUUGUUGUUUUUGUUUUUAGUUUUGUGAGCUGGUGCCGCGCUUGUGCACAACUUUGAAAACGACCCAUUAUUGUUCCUCCCUUUCUCUUCCCUUACAUCUAUAUGCUGAAAUCCGCAUACGGACGUAAAAGGUGUGAAUUAGUUCUUUCUUGAUAAAUGAUGGCAAAAAAAAAUGACGAAAAAAAAAAAGAAGAGUAUCAUUGUUCUGUUGUGGCUUUCUUUCUUUCUUUCCUUCCUUCCUUUCUUCCCCUCCUUGUCUCCGCUGUCUUCUUUUCUCUUGGACACUCGAGUAAUAUGUAACUGUGUGUCUUGUCACUCUCGCUCACUGGCUCGCUCUCUCCUGCUGAAGGGUGGGACAAAAAAAAAAGAAAGAAAAAUAUUUCUGGGAAGCAUUUUUUUUUUUUUUUUUUUUGUCUGAGCAGAAUGCAGUUCGCUCAUGUUAUUCUUGUCUGUACGCUUCACAUUGUAUCGCAUACCCAUCGGUUCCGCUUCUCCAUUCAACGGCAAAUGUACGUGAACAAAUGACGCUGACGGGCUUUUUGGGGGUGUCCUUUUGGGUGGGUUUUUCGUUUUUUUUUUUUUUUUACGGAGGGGUGAGCGGGUUCGGGGCGAGUUUCUGGGGACGCGGCGAGUGGAAUUCACUGCUUGGGGGAUGUCGGGAAAGGGGCUGCUCGAAUUAGGAUAAGAGCUUGCUCUUUUGUUUUUGGUUAUUUAUUGUUUGGCUUUGUUUGACUUCCCCCUUUUCGUUUCAUGAUCAUUUGGAUUAUUACUUUAUUUUUUUUGUUUUAAUUUGCUAUCAGGGUAUGCUGUGUUUUAAAGCUCUUUAAGGACAGGAAGCCUUGGACUUCAAAUGAAAGCUACAAGCACCUUAUUGCCGGACUUAUCCUGCAUGAGGUUGAAGGGAAGGGGGCGGGGUUUGAAUCUUCCCAAGAAUUUUUUUCCCCCCCAAAAAGAUGAAUCUCAGCUAAGUAUUAUCGUUAAUGCCCGGUUUUACGCUGUAAAACUCUCAGCAGUAUUAACUACUUACAACGCGCCGGCCGGCUGUGCGAGAGGUCAUCGCGAGCGUGACCUCUCGGGCGGUGGGGAGGAACGGGGGGGGGUCUCCCAUUAUUUGUCCCCUUCUGUCUCACCUCAUGCUGGACAGCUCCAGGUCUGUGUUCUCUCGUUUAGUUUGUUUUCUUAAGCGUGUAUGGUUACUGGCGUGCGCGGCAGCAGCCCCCUCGCCCCCUGCCCCCGUCCCAGCUCCUCUGCGCCUCUGUCUACACACCACUUCUUUGUGAGAACACCCCCAGAGCUCAAGGUGAAAUGCAUGUGUUAAUUACAGUUUCUUUUUCCAAAAGAAGAAAAAUGCAGUUUGAGAAGAGCAGCACCUGAUUGAAUAAAAAAGGUUGUUCUUGACUGUA